UGUUGGGGAGGGGGGUAGGGUAAGGGGGAAAUCGUUUCCCAGUCACUUCCUGGCGAGGACGCCACUAUUCUCCGAGUCGCGUCCUCGCCCCCCUCCUCGCGGCCUACCAUCUGGAUUGGAGCGGCCUUUCCUGCCGGGGACCCAGACCAGAGCUUCAGCAGUGGCGGCGCAGCGCUGGAUACAUCGCGGAGCGGGCGAUUGCUUACCUGGAUCGCCGCUGAAGUUCCGGAGUGUUGGGCCUGCUGCUUUAACAUCGGAGCUGUGGUUCGUAGAGCUUCCAGCGCGGGCGGCGCUGACCAACAUCGCGGAGUCCUGGGGCCCUUUUCCGAGGGCCGCCAGCAUUGAACCUCCGUCCAGCGUGGCCUGUGGACUUCGGGAGCCACGGACUCCGGUAGGAGGUGGCCGAUUCGGAUGCCCAAGCCGCUGAGGAUGCCCUCCAGUCCCGACGUUGGACUUCCAACACACAGCGAGCCUGAACAUCGGGCUGCCUGUAGCGGCGACAGAGGAGGAUGACUGAAUUUUGGAGCCUUCCCUCACAGUGGGAAACUUUGAUCCCGCUGUGUGGGGAUGUCUGUGUUAAAGUCUAUCGUGUUCUGUGCUCUAUUAUUCGUAUGGCUGUAUGGCGACCACACAUUUCCCUGUACCAAUUCGUACAUGUGACAACUAAAUGUAUCUUGUAUCUUUGUAAAUCUUCUCUGCACCCUUACCAAUUCGACAAAAUCUUUCCUAUAACACGGUGCCCAGAACUAAAGACAAUACCCUAGAAGUGGCUUGCCAACGUCUUGUACAACUGCAACAUGACCUCCCAACUUCUAUACUCAAUUGAAAAAAAAUAAAUUAAAUAAUGUACAGGAGCCUGUGAUCUGAAAUGAAAGCAGAAAAUGCUGGAAAUAGCAGGUUAAGCAGCAUCUGUGGCGAAAGAAGUGGAGUUCACUUGUCAGAUCUCUUCACAGUUCUGUUUUACAGCUUCUGCCAGAGGCACACAACAUCAUAUAUCCAUGUUCUCCAGAGAUGCUGCCUGACCUGCUGAGUUAUUCCAGCAAUGUCUUUUUUGUUUGGUGAACAUCUGUAGGUCCUUGAGUCUCCAGCAUUUACAGUACGUUCCUUUUUGGAAAAAAAAAUCACUUAUUGUGUUGAGAGCAUACCCUUUCUGAGCAUCAGCCUGUCCCUUGGUCAUUCUCAAUUGUACAUAAUACCCCAUGUUCCCAUUUAGGGUGUUAUAGUGGUGCAUCGGGUGGAGCUGCUGCCUCACAGCACCUGAGAACCAAAUUUUAUUCUGACCUUGCGUGCUGUGUGUGUGGAGUUUGCACAUUCUUCCUGUGACCGUGUGGGUGACCUCCCGGUGCUCCAGUUUCCUCCCACAUCACAAAGAUGUGUGUUUUUGUAGGUUAAUUGGCCUCUGUAAAAUUGACCCUAGUGUGCAGGAGGGAGUGGAUGGGAAAGUAAGAUAACAUAGAACAGAUGAUGGUCAACAUAGACCAACGGGUCUGUUUCCUUGCUGCAUCUUUAAAAGUAUUUAUUUGUUUUAUUACCAAUCCGUAGUUUGAAAGAAGCAAGUUGCUGAUUUAAAAAAAAUAUAACGUGUAUAUGUCAUAAAUGCAGGAAACAUUUAACAGGUCAGGCAGCAUUUGUUUAAAGAGAAGCAGUAAACGUUUCGGGUCAAAAACCUUUCAUCAGUAAAGAAUCAUGAACUCUGUUCAUUUUUCCACAGGUGCUGCCUGUCUGAAAAUUAACAUCAUUUGUGUAUUUGUCUUUUCAGUUUUUUCAUGCUUUUCAUUUGAAAUAUAAAUUGCCCUGCAAGUGGUUGUAGCAGGAUCUCCAUGUAGUUUGAAUUGACACCAUUCGGUGGUUCCUGAGCCUCAGAUGUGGAAACCAGGUGUUGGUGAAAAAUGGAGGCAUGAUUCCAGUGAAUUUCAAUCAGAAAAUGGCCCCAGGAAAGAGCAUCAAGUACUUGGACCUGGUCCUGCCGUGUGAAUGGGCAGAUUGCGGCUUUGUUGGGAAGACGAUGGAGGAAUUCUGUGAUCACAUUGCUGCACACUUAAAAGAACAUCUUAAUGAAUAUGACAGUUUUGGAGAAUUAGAUGAGUUCCAGUGCCUCUGGCGAGGUUGUGGUUUCUUGGCAGUGGAAGGGCCCAAUGAGCUGGUGGUACAUGUCAACUUCCAUAGCUAUCAUGCCAAACUGAAGUACUUUGGUUCAGAGCUGCAAAGACUGCGUCCUGAUUUGCCAGAAUGUUCUCUGGACGGCCAGAACCAAAAUCUAAUCCCAGAGAUUGCAGAGAGUUUCACCUGCCAAUGGGAGCAUUGUGAUAGUACAUUUGACAAUCCAGAAUGGUUUUACCGACAUGUAGAUAUGCACGGACAAUGCACAGAUAAGGAAAUCCUUCCAAACAAAAGUGAAGUAAUUUCAUGCUGCUGGAAAGGAUGUGGCGCUACAUUUAAAAUUAAGUUUAAACUUCGGGAGCAUCUGAGGAGUCACACCCAGGAGAAGGUUGCCUCCUGCCCCAACUGUGGAGGAAUGUUUUCCAACAAUACCAAGUUUUAUGAUCAUGUUCGCCGGCAGACCUCGAAUGAGAAGAAAACCUUUCCCUGUCGGCACUGUGACAAGCAGUUUGCGAAUGAAAGGCUGCUCCGGGACCACGUGCGAAAUCAUGUGAACCAGUUUAAAUGCCCACUCUGUGAUAUGACCUGCACUACUUUCUCCUCAUUAAGGACUCAUAUCAAGUUUCGUCACUGUGAUGAGAGGCCAUAUGGGUGUGACUUCUGUGAGAACAGUUUUAAGAAUUUGUACGACCUAAGGAAACACAUUGAGACACACAAUGAUGAGCCCACAUACCACUGCAGCUCUGAUGGGUGUAACUUUAGUGCUCGCAGUUUGCAAACACUUAAACAGCACUACAGAAGAAUACAUGAAGGGGAAACAAAGCCUCGAUACAAGUGCCAUAUCUGUGCCAAAUGUUUUUCGUGGGCUUAUACUCUAACAAUGCACCUCCGCAAGAUGCAUCAGUUGAAGUGGCCAUCUGGGCAUGCACGAUUCAGGUACAAAGAGCAUGCAGAUGGAUACUUACAGCUGCAUAUGGUCCGCUAUGAAACCAUUGAGCUGACACAGCAAAUCAUCAAGGACCUAGAGAAGAGACGAGGCCACCGAAGAAAAGCACUGGAUACAUGUCUACCAGCACUGGACUCCUGUCAUAAGGUUCUCUCCAGGAAACCUCCACCUGGGAAAGCAACAAGGGAAGAUGACUACCUUGCCCCAGCUGCUCCAUUAAGAUGUGAUAGGCAGCAGGAAACUAAACCACCAGCCAAACCCAUGCACAAAAACUUGCAGCCAAAGUACUGUGACUUUUCAGAAGCACCAGAAGUGGGUGAGCUGGAUGUAGGACUUUCUGGAAGAGACUUUCCUAUCCAUUGUGUCCUCCGAAAUGUAGCCCAAACAACACCUAAACCUGCAGCUGCCCAUGAGAGGAACGACGACAGUUCCUCCCUAGACCCUGUGGAAACACUGGAGAAAAUAGCACAAGGGCUUGGGAUUCAGAUUAUUGGGUAGUCAUCAUUCAAGUUGGUGAAGCAUUAAAGCCUUGGUCACCAACUUUUCUCAAAAAAUGUUACCUAAAUAAUGAAUGUGAGCAGGUGGAGUUAUAGUUAAUGGGAUCCUGUGGACUCAACAUUAUCAGGAAUAAGUGGCUACUUUUUGCUGUGUCUCGUGCUUUAGAUAAACAUCAACAUAUUUUUCCUUCUGUCUCACAGUGCUGUAGUUUCUUUGCCUCUGAGCUUGGGAGGAUGGCCUAAGUUUUCAUUAUAGGCUUGCGAGGCUUAGUCAAACCAACGAAACAAGUGAGAAGAGGCCACAUAUUUGUAGGAUUGUAUUGGGAAGUGGAAGGAUUAUAUUAGAGAAGAUAUGGUGUUCAUGAUGAGGAUAUUGCCUGGUAAUUUUCUUCUCUCCAUUUCCUUUAUUGCAUUGCACAAAGUUGGGAUAGACGUGUAGACUGGGGUUGGAUGGAGUCUUUGAGGAACAAAGUCACUCGUUAAUACUUACUGCAUGCACUGACAUUCAUUAAUUUCCUACAUGUACAUGAUGUUUUGGUAACCAACAAAAAAGCAUCUUUGUGCGUUGAAAUGGGCAGAUUGCUGUCAAACUAUAGAUCGUUUCCUCAGCCCUUCUUGUUGGGAAGAGAUUUGGUCUUUAUGUUGAUGCUGAUGGGAUGGCAUUAGUGGUUUAGGUGAUGAUAGCCCAUUGCUCAGGGCAAACUUCUGGGGGCAACUGUUCUGAGGAACUGUUGCUAACCCAAUACGUUAACUGGGUUCUCUUUCCACAGGUGCUCCCUGACUGGCUAACACAGAACAUAGAAAAGAAAAGCACAGGAUCACGCCCCUAUGCCCAUAUUGUCUUUGCUGAAAAUGAUGCCCAGCUAAAGUAAUCUCAUUUACUUGCAUGUCAUCCAUACCCUUCCAUUCCAUGCAUGUGCCCAUCUAAAAGCCUCUUAAACACCACUAUCGUAUCUGCCACCACCACCCUCCUGGCAGCAUGUUACAGGCACCUCCAUCCUCUGUGGAAGAAAUACUCGUCCUGCAUAUCUCCUUUAAACUUUGGCCCUUUCACCUUAAAGCUAUGCGCUCUGGUCUGACCGACUACCCAAUCUAUGCCUCUCAUAAUUUUACAAACUUGAAUCAGGUUUAUCCUCCACCUCUGACACUCCAGAGAAAACAACCCAAAUUUGUCCACCCUCCGCCUUUUAGCAAUGAAUGUGUUUUAAUUGAAUUUUUAUGAAGAUUUUAUGACGGUUUCCACCUUUUCUAGAAAGGUGUGUAACUUAUAAUUACACAGUCAUUAAAUGAAACCAAAGGAGUUAUUGGGCUUAUAAAAGCCUUUAUGUUUUUGAGAUUGUUUUGUAAAUUGCAGUAAUUCUCAAAACCGACAUGAGCAAACUAAACUGUCAGGCAGGAGUUAUCUGCUUUGUAUUGUGACACUUGGAUUGCUGCCGAUUUGUAAUAGUGGCUCCAUCAUAAUACCAUUGAUGGAAACUAAUUACCAGCAGCAGUGCAGUUUGAAUGAUGGAAAACUCUAAAUCUAACUUGUCUGGCUUAUAUCGACGUCCAUUCUAUACCAUUAUAGUUCACCCUCAAGAGCUUGUUCAUGAGGCCUAGCAAAUUUGUUGGAUCCCCUAAAGUUGGACAAUUACUGCCAGUCUUGCUAGUUUUACCCAUACACUAGUGUUGAAAUGAAUGAGGAUCAGUGCAAUUCUAUCAUAUUGUGGUUCUGCGAUGACUGAAAUCUCAACAAAUUACUCUAUCUCAAAGAGCAGCAAGACUCUGGUUAAUUCAUCCUGACGUGCAGUGUUGAUAACACUGAUGUUUUACACUUAUAAGGCUCUCCUAUCUACUUUGUCUCGAUAUACAUGGAUAACAAGAGCUUAGUUACAUCAGGACUGGGCACAAAUCUUCCUUAAAAUUUCUUUAUGAAGCCAUCAUCAAAUUGACACACAUACGUGUAUUUCUCCCGUGCAUGUUGCCUUAAUGAAACAGUAGAAUCCUUAGAACAGUAGUGUAAUUUUGAGCAUAAGGGCAAGGGAGGUUGUUGCCUCGUUCCAAAAAACUGCAGCAGGUGGCUGGAACAGGCAAUAAGAUCCCAGCCAUUUUUAUAAAACUUAGAUUGCCAUCACUGCCACAACGUCAUAAGAUGCAUCAAAAUGGCAGAAUAGGACGCAAUUGCUUGGGAAAGCACAGAAUUCUAUUUUUAAUUUUUAAUGAUUUUUAGAUUUAUAACAUUUAUGGAUAGGUCAUCGAGGUGUGAAAACUAUCUGGUUAUGAACGGAACAAAAUGGCAGAGCCAUUUCCGACAUCACCCAACAUACGGGUCCAGUUUCCAUUCCUUACUACUGCCUUGCGUACACUGCUGUGUGUAAAAAAAGUCUAUGGUAACGAAUGUGAUAUUUUCCAUUAAGUAGAACAUUUCCCGCAAUGUGAAAUGGGUUUGAGUGUUUGUUUUAACUUGAUAUCCUGUUAAAUGAAUACGUUGUAAACUGUUGUUGCUCGGAUUGUGGUACGUUAUUUAUAGUGGUAGUUUAAAGUUUUUAAUUAUAUUUCCAGCCUCCACAGUUUUUUUGAUUUUUCCUCUUUAGCUGUGGAAAACACCCAGUAUUUUAAUUGAAUUUGAUAUUAUAAACAGUGUGUGCAAUGGCAAUAUGAUGUUGCUGAUAUUGUAAAGGCUCGCACUAGUAACUAGUAUCGUUGGAACAAUUAAAAAUGUUUCCAGUACAGUUACAAGCCGUUUACGAUGUUCUGGUUUCAAUAGGAUUUUGUUGCUAUGUUUUGUACUGGGUUCUGCCAGGAUGCUGUUGAUAGUGUUGUAAACAUGAUUCACCUCACGCUGACUGAAGUGGGAGUGCAUUUUUAUGAGCACAUGCUCCCAGAGGGAGCCUCGCCUACAAGGAGCACCAUCCCAUUCAGCCCAGCGAGUGCAGACUUGUUAAUGUUUAUGUAUGCAAUAGACUUUGUAUAAUACUGUUUUUGAUGUCUCUGUAACUUGACAUUUUUGCUCUGUCCGAGGUUGUUAAAUCAAGGUUUCUUAUUGAGCAGUACUUUGCAGUUGUUUCAAGUUUGUCUGGCAUACUUUUUGCCUCCAUCCAUGUCCCUCCCGGUUCCAAAGAGGAAGUAAACAAGUAAUGUCCAUGUUAAACUCGCUGCCUCUGUCUCCUGGGCAAUAGGGAUGGGCAAUAAACCCUGGAUGAAUGAUGUGUUUCAGGAACAAAUAAAAAUAAAGCUGAUUACUCUAUGCCUAUUUAAAUCACCAGGCCAAUGUUUUUUUUUAAAGAGCAAUCAUUAUACUGGGAACAAAAGUACUUUGGAUUUUUUGUAAUGCAAUAUUAUACCUCCCCAAUCCUGUUUUGAGCGACUGCUCAGUAAAAUAUAAGAGUGUUUUUGAACAAUAGCAAUAAGUCCAUUGCCAACUACUAUUUCCUUGUUGAAAACCAUUUGAUUUGAACGAUGUGGUGAUAGGCUAUAUAUGUUCCGACAAAUUUAAGUGAAAAGAUUAUUUUCGUAUGGAAUAACCCAGACUCUUCCCACCACUUCUUCCCUUGCUAGGAUGUAUUGUAUUUUUAAUGAGACUUUAGGAGUUUAUUUGGGAGUCAUCCAGAAAUUAGAGAACUCACUGCAAGUAAGAAAAUAACAUCUCACCCUUGCAAUGUGCUAUUAUGUACCCUUUGUAAUUGUAAAUUUCAUUUUGCGACGUGCAUCUAGCAAAUUUUAAAGGCAUCCGCCACUGACAUUACGGAAAAUUAUUCAAAAGCAUAUGUGGCCUGUCCGAUUUGAGCAUCGAGUUAGGCUGUAGAUACACUCCACUGGCCUGUUAAUAAUCAUUCCAAGUGAGAAACAUCCACACAUUGAAUAUAUAUUCUCCAGCUGAUUCCAAAUAUAUCAUUGCACACUUAGAAGGAUCUCCAUAUUGCUUUCCAAAAUGGUGUGUGUUUCUAAAGUACUCACCCUAUUCAGUUUUAGCAGAAAGAACAUUUCUACAGUGCCUUUAAGUAUUUCAUUUUGAAAUGUUCUAUGAGCAUUGUGUGAAUUAUGUCACAAAAUGCAGUUAUAUCACCAGUGUGCUUAAACCAUGAUUUAAAUCCAACUUUAUGCUUCCCAGGUAUUUUCUUGCAACCCCUGUCUAGCCUGAGUGAAGGUUGGCUUUGGUGCAUUGUGGAGUUACUUCUAGGACUUAUUCUGGAGCUGAUUUUGUUGCGUGGACAUGGCACCUGCUCGUGCACUACUGAGGCAAAAUUAAAAUGUACUUUAAUUUCAGGUGACAAAACAAUUGUUGUGGAUGAUUGUGAAUUCCAUAGACGAUGUAAUUCUGAUCUCUUCUUCCACACAAAUAUUUACAAAGUGUUCAGUGUUAAUAAAUUAUGUAACAGAAUUGUUAUGAAGCAGUUAUUGAAUUUAUGCUGAGUCCUUUGUAGAGCAAUUUGGGUAGUUCUAUUCCUGUGAUGUUUUUUUCCCCUACAGCUCUGCAAAAUAUUUCCCUCAAACGCCUAACCAGUUCCUUUUUGAAAACCAUAUUUAGCAAUGUUUCUACCAUUCUUACAUGCGUAAAGUAAUAGUCUUUCCUUAUCGUACUCUUUUCUCUAUUUCAAUAGACAAUAGGUGCAGAAGUCAUUCGGCCCUUCGAGCCAGCACCACCAUUGUGAUCAUGGCUGAUCAUCCACAAUCAGUACCCCGUUCCUGCCUUCUCCCCAAAUCCCCAGACACAGAUAUCUUCAAGAGCCCUAUCUAGCUCUCUCUUGAAAGUGUCCAGAAUACCGGCCUCCACUGCCCUCUGAGGCAGAGAAUUCCACAGACUCACAACUCUCUGUGUGAAAAAGUGUUUCCUCAUUUCCGUUCUAAAUGGCAUACCCCUCAAUCUUAAUCUGUGGCCCCUGGUUCUGGACUCCCCCAACAUCGGGAACAUGUUUCCUGCCUCUAGAGUGUCCAAACCUUUAAUAAUCUUACAUGUUUCAACAAGAGACCCUCUCAUCCUUCUAAAUUCCAGAGUAUACAAGCCCAGCACUCCAUUCUCUUAGCAUAUGACAGUCCCGCCAUCCCGGGAAGUAACCUUGUGAACCUGUGCUGCACUCCCUCAAUACCAAGAAUGUUCUUCCUCAAAUUUGGAGACCAAAACUGCACAAAAUACUCCAAUGUGGUCUCACUAGGACCCUGUACAACUGCAGGAGGACCUCUUUGCUCCUAUCCUCAACUCCUCUUGUUAUAAAGGCCAACAUGCCAUUCACUUUCUUCACUGCCUGCUGUAUCUGCAUGCUUACUUUCAGUGACUGAUGAACAAGGACCCCCAGAUCCCAUUGUACUUCCCCUUUUCCCAACUUGACACCAUUUAGAUAAUAAUCUGCCUUCCUGUUUUUGCUACCAAAGUGGAUAACCUCACAUUUAUCCACAUUAAACAGCAUCUGCCAUGCAUCUGUCCACUCACCCAACCUGUCGAAGUCACCCUGCAUUCUCAUAGCAUCCUCCUCACAGUUCACACUGCCACCCAGCUUUGUGUCAUCUGCAAAUUCGCUAAUGUUACUUUGAAUCCUUUCAUCUAAAUCAUUGAUGUAUAUUGUAAAUAGCUACAGUCCCAGCACCGAGCCUUACGGUACCCACUAGUCACUGCCUGCCAUUCUGAAAGGGACCCGUUAAUCCUUACUCUUUGUUUCCUGUCUGUUAACCAAUUUUCUAUCCAUGUCAGCACUCUACUCCCGAUUUCAUAUGCAUCCCAUCCCAUCUGCAUUCCUUGGUUCAUAAGGUCAUAAGUGAUAGGUGCAAUCAGGCCAUUCGGCCCAUCAAGGCUACUCCACCAUUCAAUCAUGUCUGAUCUAUCGCUCCUUCCUAACCCCAUGCUCCUGCCUUCUCCCCAUAAUCCCUGACACCCAUACUAAUCAAGAAUCUAUCUCUGCCUUAAAAAAUAUCCAUUGACUUGACCUCCAUAGCCUUUUGUGGCAAAUAAUUCUCCAGAUUCACCACCCUCCGACUAAAGAAAUUCCCCCUCAUCUCCUUCCUAAAGGAACGUCAUUUAAUUCUGAGGCUAUGACUUAUAUGACUCUCCCACUAGUGAAAACAUCCACUCUAUCCAAGCCUUUAACUAUUCAGUAUGUUUCAAUGAUGUCCCCCUUCUAAACUC